UGACUGAUUGGUGAUAAAUUGUCUGGUUAAUUUGAGGUUUUUUGUAAAAGAAGAUGAUGAUUGGAUGACAAUAACAAAGAAUUUGAAUGAUGGACCAAUAGGAGCACUUUGCUGGCAGCAUUAUGCUGGACAAAGCACGAAGCACGUGUUCUUCAUUUGAUUUUAAGAUCUGCUAGCAGGAGUUGCUAAGCGAUAUUUGUAUCUGUUGACGUGAUAUUAGUUUUGAAAUAAUUAUAAUUACAUUUAUUAUUUAUUAGCGACAAUGAGUAACAGUGAUUAUUAUCCUCACCCGAAUACCAAUGCUGAUAUUUAUAGAAAUAUGACAGCUGCUGAUAGACCACCUGUUCCGGACAAACAUAUACAAUUUAUAGCAGUAAAUGAUGACAAAACCAUCGUCGGCGCCAGUAGUUUGACAGAUCGCUACUGGAGCGGAACCGUUUGGUAUUUCAAUGGCCCGACGAAUUACGACAAAAAUGACGCGUACGCUGUCACGAGAACAGAGAGCGGUGUCUGUGACGCUGUUUUUUUAGAUAAUUAUAAAUUUUUGAUUGCCGAAGACAGCGGCGUUCUGCAGGUACUUGAAGUCGUCAAAGCUCCUGAAACUCUUGCUCCUGUACUACAGUGCUCUGGUUACGUAUGCCAGCACGAUGACAGUAUUACUUCCUUGGCUGUUUUUGAUAAUAAAACUCAUUUCGUUACGAGUUCAAUGGACUGCUGUAUAAAAGUAUGGCAAAUAUCUGAUCUGUUAGCUGAAUAUUCAUUUUUAAAUGCGCAUACUAAUUCAAUAACUUGCGUUGAUGUAAUGCCUAAGAAUGAUUGGAUAUUUGGUUCAACUUCGUUGGAUUGUCAAGCAUUUAUUUGGGAUUUGAGACAAUCAAAACCUGCUACAUGUUUACAUAAAAAAGAAGGAAACGGCUUGACAGCAUUAACUUGGGAUAAAAAUAACGAAAAUAUUGUAGCCAUUGGUUCACAAAGCGGAAGCGUUACUUUAAUUGACAUUCGCUCUCCUGACAAUGUAAUCUGCGAGACUCAAAUCUUCCUGCGACCAGUUCAUAGACUUAAAUAUCACCCUGAAAAAAAUAGUUGGCUUGCUGGUUGCUGCGAUGACACGGUUGUUAAAGUGCUGGACCCGACGAAACAUUUGAGUCUAGUUUACCAAGACGACCGGCACAAAGAUUUCGUCCGUGGUCUCGCGUGGCUGCAAGACGAAUUAUUAACUUGCUCAUGGGAUGACACAAUAUUGAAACAUACAGUUUUAUCUGCUGACCAAUAA